UUGACAUUUGAGCUUUUAUUACAAAUUCUGUCAUGGCAGAACUGACAGCGAAACAAAUCUUAGAACCAUUAGAAUGGUUAAUAGGAAAAUGGAAAUCGAUCACUGCAAAAGGGCAUUAUCCGACUAUCCCAUCUUUUAAUUAUCGCGAAGAAAUGGAAUUUCAAUUCAAUUCAUUUCAGCCGAUUUUAAAUUAUUCUGCCAAAACUUGGAAUGCUCUUGACGGCAAACCCAUGCAUUAUGAAAGGGGUUUCCUUCGAAUAAAUCCAGCUACGUGCAAUGCCGCCUUUAUGGUCAGUCACAACCGGGGGUUAGUGUCUUUAGAGGUGGGCACUGUGGGUAGUAACCGUUUACAGUUGAGCAGUGUGUGUGUAGCAUCAAUGCCAUUUGUGAAGCAACCAAAUGCUGUGGGAAUAUCUCGAUCGUAUGUAUUGUGUCCAGAAACAGAGAAAUUGAAAGUCGUUGUGUGUUUGGCAACUACUAACACACCGCUUACUGAACAUUUGAAUGUGGAGUAUCAAAGGGACCCUACCGAACUUUCAGACAAAAAAUGUGUAUAACAACAUAAAAUAUAUUUUAUAAGCAUGUAUUGCAAUGGCGUACUUCUAUGUAAUUUUUAAGAAAAGAAAUAUGUUGUAAUUGUACAAUAAAGAGCUCGUAAAGAGCAUGUA